AUGGAGAUCAGCGGCAAGAUUAUAGAAGCGGCUUUGAAGGGCAGACGAGAGCGAGGGCUUACCACCAGAUCCGUGGCUACUGAGCAAGCGGCAAGACGAAGCCAGUCUGCGAUAUCCAGGCUGGCCGGCGAGGUUUGUUGGGUCUGGUGCGAGGGUCGAGGGAGGAAGAAAGAAUGGGUUUUGACGGAGGCGCCGGACUUGGGCUGGGCUGUCUACGACUGUCUUAUGGUUAUGACUGCGACCUGUUUCUACGGUACGUAUGUACGUCUUGUCUAUCAUAUCCCCCUUCUACGAGCCGAACUAUGCUAUGCGCAUCCGCUGCCCAAACGAGAGCCAGACAGACAGGAGACUCGGUCAGGAUCUUUAUGCGCAAGUAAGGCACGGGGCCCAAUGAUACCUCAUGAUGCUGCUGCUGUUAAUGCGCUCAGCGCUGCUGUCAGGUCGUCUAUCAACCGUCAGCCAGUUUGGUCCGCCAGUCAGUCAGUCAGUCACUGUCAGCCCGUCGUUUGUGUCCAUCUAGAAUCGGCGGAAAGCCUUCCUCCCAAGACAGUAAACUAG